UUCGGAGCCCGGCGGCUUGUGGUGAUUCACAUGGAGCCUGCUUGGAGACAGCAAGGCCGAGGUCGUGGGCGGGGUCAGGGCCGAGGUCAGGCUGUGGGUGACUCCUUGCUGGGACAACCCCAAAGAGAAGAGGAUGGAUUAAGAAAGGGACGAGGACGGGGAGGUUCUGCUGUGACUACAGUCCCAAAACCAGAACCGCCACAUAAUAAAGUUGCGUCUUCUCAGUCCAGAUUUGACGAGAUCAGGAAAACCAACCAGGCGGCUGCUCAGCGACUGGCAGAGAACCAGUACAGCUCCUCGUCUGAGGAAGAUGAGGAUGAUGAAGAGGUUGAAGAUGGGGGAACACUGGGGAAGCGAGGGAGGAUCCUGGAGUCGACUCUCACUACAUACACCAACCAGACAGGGGGGGAUGUGUCAGAGUUGGAGAGAAUUCGUCAGUACCUGAAUGAAGCCUUUCAGUCUGGAGCCAUUACCUGCCUCAUCUGCAUCGCAUCUAUGAAGAGAACACAAGCGGUAUGGAGCUGUGUGGGCUGUUAUUGUAUCUUCCACAUUCCGUGUAUUCAGAAAUGGGCCAAAGACUCGAUUUUCCUGGUUUCUUCAGUUACAGAUGAAGAUUUUGGGAAGAAAGACCACCCCUGGCCAUGUCCUAAGUGUAGGCACGAGUAUUCUCCUCAGCAGACUCCAUGCCGUUACCACUGCUACUGUGGUAAAGAGGUUGACCCCGCCCCUGACCCCUGGCUCCUCCCACACUCCUGUGGACAGGUGUGUGACAGGGAGUUCAAACCGUCCUGUGGACACCGCUGCCUGCUACUGUGCCAUCCAGGUCCUUGCCCCCCUUGUCCUAAGAUGGUGAGUGUGUCGUGUGUGUGUGGAAAAGCAGUCCCUGUUCCUCGCCGCUGCAGUAAUAAAGCCUGGACCUGUGGAAAAGUCUGCAGUCGCAAGCUGCCCUGCAGGAUACACACCUGCACACACACCUGUCAUGCAGGUGUGUGUGAGCCGUGUCCGAGAGUGAGUGUGCAGAAGUGCGUGUGCGGGAGGAGCUCGGCCGAGCGUCAGUGUGCCAGUCCGGUGUGGCACUGUGACCAGGUGUGUGGGCGUCCCUUACCAUGUGGGAAUCACACAUGCGAGCGUGUGUGUCACGCAGGUGUGUGUGGAGAGUGUCCUCGUGCUGGGAACCGAACCUGCCCCUGCGGCAAAAGCAAGUGUGCGCUGCCGUGCACUGCUGACGUUCCUACCUGUGGGGACACCUGUGAUAAGAAGCUGGAAUGUGGCUUACACACCUGCUCCAUGCGCUGCCAUAAAGGACCCUGUGAAACCUGCAGAGAGGAGGUGGAGAAGCAGUGUCGUUGUGGACGCUACAGUAAGCGUAUGCCGUGCCAUAAGGAAUAUCUGUGUGAAUCCAAAUGUAACCAGACACGCAGCUGCAGCAGACAUCAAUGCAGGAGGAAGUGUUGCCCAGGUAACUGUCCUCCCUGUGAUCUGAACUGUGGCAGAUCCCUUGGCUGCAGGAACCACAAGUGCCCCUCGGUGUGCCAUCAAGGGAGCUGUUACCCAUGUCCGGAGGUGGUCCAGGUUAAGUGUGCGUGUGGGAAGACGUCUCUGACUGUUCCCUGUGGAAGAGAGAAAAGCACCAAACCUCCACGUUGUAGAGAACUAUGCAGUAAGCCUUCAUCAUGCCACCACCCCACUCGUGAGCACCACAGGUGUCAUUUUGGCCCGUGUCCAGGCUGUAAACAGGUGUGCAAGCUUCCCUUACCUUGCUGUGCUCACCUGUGCCCAGCGCCGUGCCACGAUCAGGUGCUGCUCAAAACCAACCAGCAGGUUCCAUUAGCUGGUCCGUGGGAACAGCCUUCAACUCCAGCAUUUGAGUGCAAGGCGUUACCCUGCCCUCCCUGCCAGGUCCCCAUACCCACGGCCUGUCUGGGGGAGCAUGAGGUGAGUCCGAUACCGUGUCAUGCUCGUGGGCCGUUCUCGUGUGGCCGGCCGUGCGGCCGAGCUUUGACCUGCAGUAACCAUAGCUGCAGCCUGAUGUGUCACUCGGUGACCCCUGACCCCAAGAGAGAGAAAACAGAGGCUGGAAAAGAGUGUGAGCAGUGUGAAGAGGGUUGCUCUAAGCCCCGGCCCCCUGGAUGCCCCCACCCCUGUUCUCUCCCCUGUCACCGUGGCGAUUGUCCCCCCUGUACCCAGAUGAUCAGACAGCGCUGUCACUGCAAGAUCACCAACCUGUACAUCGAAUGCCUGAAGUUGACCUCUGCUGAUGAGGAGAGUAGAAAGCUGCUCGCCUCCUGCAAGAACCAGUGCCCUAAACAGCUGAAGUGUGGUCAUCGCUGUAAGGAGUUGUGCCACGCUGGAGAGUGUGAAGAGAACUGCAACCAGAGAGUGAAGGUGAAGUGUCCGUGCAAGAGGAUCAAGAAGGAGUUUUCGUGUUCUCGUGCCAGAGAGGAGGCGAGUUUGGUGGUGUGUGAUGACACCUGUAGAGAACUACAGAAGAAAUUUGCAGAGGCUCGUGAGGCUGAGGAGAGAGCAGUAAAAGAGGAAGAAAUUAAGAAACAGCAGGCGGAGCUGGAGGCCUUUGAAAAGCGGCAGAAAGGGAAGCGGAAGAAGAAUCGGCGCAACACUGAAGUGGAGGUGGAGGAAGGGUUGUGGCUAAAGUAUAAGAAAUACCUGCUGGUGCCGGUUUGUGGCGUCCUAUUGGCUGUCGGCACAUUCUACCUGCUGCAGAUCAACUAGAAGACUGGAUUAAUCCCCAUACUUUGACUUGCAUACCACACACACACACACACACACAUGUGAAUGCCUGCAGAAAUGGAUACCAAUGCAUGGGUACUAGUAUUCAACCCAAAUUAUUAUUAUUAAUAUUAAUGUACGAGUCACAGCUUUUCCAACUUAAAGAGUAGCUAUGGAGGAACACGCUUGUGGGUGGAGCCUGAAGGUUGUCCUGUUUGCACGCAAACACACACACAAACACCCACACGUAUACACAGAAUGCAUUUAAAGGUGAUGUUAAGAGCUACAAAAUAUAAACACACCUUGUGAUUAGAAAGAUUCAUGCAGGAGUUAAUAAGAUAAGAUGGGGUCUUUCACCUGCUUUAAAUAAACCUAAAUAAUAUGCUUCUGUUUGCUGACAUGAACAUCCUUGUUUAUCUAAACACCCACACAGACCCAUCUGGAGCUGUAAGCUGUGAUUGGUCAGCUCGUCGAUAUUAAACUCUCAUUGUGAUUGGUUUGAGGGAGCAGGUUGUAUUCUGUGGGGUUAGUAUUACAGUAUUGAUUAACAAGCAAGAGUUCCUGCACCUCUGAUCAGAUAUAAAAGCCUGUUCGUGUGUACUUGUGUGUGUUUGGUAGGGGUGUAAUGGUACACGCAGGUUGCAGUUCAGUUUAAGUUCACGGUUAAGUAUGGGGACGUGUUAAUCCACGACUAACCCAGGUUUAUUUUUAUUUAAUUUGAACACAGAGUAAGAACUGAAAGUGGAGGGGGACAAACAAGACUGCAGUUACCAAAGCCGCACUUCUACACUACUAAAGUUCCCACAAUUCCAUGCAAAUACCAUGGUUUAGAGGCCCAUGAUUCAAUGGAAUCCAUGGAUUGCUCACUUGUGAAAUAACAAGGGGGUAGCUAACUCAUAAGUAAAGCUAAGCUAAGUAAACAAAAUUGUAACUUAAAAAGACUUUCUUUUAAAGUCAACAGAGUGCUGGAUGUUAAUCUACACAGAUUUCUUUCCUGAAAACUGUUUAUUUGGGUGAGUAAAGCGCUUCCGUUUAUUUACAGUAAGCUUAGAUUCCCAAAUUUCUCCAGCACUAAAGCUGGAGCAUUAGCCUUAGCAGCUAACCACUAGUGACAGCGCUAUACUGAGGAAUCCUGAGUGCUCUGUAAAGCUUGGCGGUUUUUCCCUAGUACCUUGUUUUUAACACAGUAAACAGUCUGACAUACUUCCCUCUAAAUGACAAAAGAUCUAGCGCGGUUAGUGGGUAAUGCUUAUGCUUCAGGAGUGCUAGCCGGGGUUAGCAGCAGGCUAAAGGUCAAUAAUUCUCUCCUCUGAACAGCUAAAGAGCUGAUGCUUAGCGUGGUAAGCGGGUAAUGACAAUGCUCUCCAGUACUUCAGCGGGUUCUCAGAAUGCAGCUUGCACAUGUGUUGUGUUAAAAACUGUUGUGAAACAUUUUUUGACGCAGCCACAUGCAAAUCACAGUCUGUGUAGCUUGAAGCAUCUGCAUUUACGUCCUUGCAUAAAGUAUAUCUCAUGCCUUAUAGUACAUACUGAGUAUUCUCUAAGCAUUCACAUACAGUAACCCGUAACAUUCAUACUGUGACAGUUCGAAUACAUGUACCAUUACACCCCUAGUGUUAAGUGCUAAUGAUGCAUUUAAGAUGCAUUAAGAUUUUGAUUGAACAAAUCCUCCAUAUACUAAAGGUCACUUAUAUAGAAUACUGUGAAGAACCUGUUCUAGAUUACCUGAGUUAAUUCAAAAGGCCUUAUUGUUUCUGGAGCUUAAAGCUUAGUUUAGCUGUCGUAGAUGUUUUGUUGAUGCUGAUUUAGGCUGAUGAUGAUUUUGAGUUGAAUGUUUUUCUCCUUUAAGAACAGGAAUCUGUGAUUUGAAUUCAUUAUAAAUAAUAAAGUCACCUUUAAUUAAA